UGUCGCGUUUAUCGGUCACUAAUCAGUGAUGAUGAAGGAAAAAUGAUGAUUUCAUCCCUCUGUGAAAAUAAUUUUCCUUAACCAUGUCUAGUCAAGUAGACAAUGAAGUGUUAGAGGAGGGCGAAAUUGAGGAUGAGGAAGAAGAAACUGGUUCCAACCAAGGCACCUCCUCCAAAAAUGGAGAGAGAAGUAAAAUUGAAAGUGGACGCACAUCGUCAAAAUCUUACACAGGCCGACGUCGCCGACACAGACACGGGAUAAGUACGCCUCCUCCGUCGAAUGUCUGGGAAAACGUACCUGGUCAACGUUCACAUGAGCCAGUGUUACGGCCGUUAACGGAAGGUGGGUACUGGGCCCCACCUCCCGUGGUGUCUGUACCCACCCAAUCCAGUUCUCAUGAGCAGUCUCCAGGAUCCAGGGUGUUUAAAUACCUAAGAAACAGGACAAAAAGUGCAGAAAAUGACUGCAAAAAAAUAGAAAAUAGACGACCUGUUGUAGAUAGAUCUGUGAAAAGAAGAGUCAAAUCAUGCUCAAAGCCUGACACAUGGUCCGUGUCAACAGAAGAAGGGAGUGACUUUGAGAACCUGUUGAGAAAACACAAAGAGAUUCAGGCACAGUUGGCUAAGUUAAGCAAAGAAGAGGAAAAGAGUGAGACGGACAGCUCAAUGAUUGAGAUAGAGACAGUUGGACAGGAGGCUCGAGUCUCUCACUUAAGCCUGCUGAGUGAGGAGUCACAAGUGGUACAAGUGACUGAGGAUAACAUAGAUACUAGUGUACUAAGCGUAAUGUCUGUGGAGGCAGAGAGAGCGGACAGCAGUGUGAUCAGUGUACACCAGAACCAAGCACCUGACAGUACUGGCAAUCAGGCUGCUGAAACAUUUCUUGAUGAUGAUGACCUUGAUGCUCUUGAACUACGUAAACUAGCCCUUGAGUCUGUUGUAUCAGCUAAUGCCAAAAAGUCAUUGGAAACCAGUAACAUAGAGACUGCCGUCCAGCAGCCACCUAGCACCAAUGGCCCCCACACAUCCACAGAGGCCUCCACUAGCUCCAAAAGGAGGAGUUCAAAACGGGACUCCAAACCCAGCAGCCCCAUGAAGAGACGUGCCUCCAGUGGUAGACCAUCACACAGCAAAGGUCAUUCUCAAAUGAAUCGUGACAGAAAGCUCUUCUCACCCCAUGAAACAGUGGAUCGCUAUGGACGCCAGAAGCGCUUACGCCGUACCUUCAGUAGUCAGCGAGAAUUGGAACGACGGCGAGAAUUGGAGCGACGGCGACGCGAUGCAGAAGAAAAACGCAGACAGGCAGAGAAGGCUCACAAAGAGGAAAGACCAAGGCGCUUUGAAGCCAGGCAAAGUCAGGAAUCAGAGAAGAUGAAACCGCAUGAGGAAAUCCAGCAAAUCUUGGCUCUGAGUGACCAGGAAGAACAGGUGGAGAGAUUGCUGAAAUUGGUCAAGGGAGAAAGAAGCAGUACCGACAGGAGAAAUAGGUCUCCAGCUAAGGUAUCAUCAGCACGGAAAUCCAGUCGAGGAGAAUCAAAAAUCUCACAGAAGAUGGAAGACAAUUAUGAAGAGGUUGCCAUGGAAAUUGAUAGUGAUUCACCAAGUACAUCCUUACCCACCAUCGAAGGAUUCCAGUUUGACCAAGACGACAUUUCUUUCAUGAACACAAUGCCACUCCAGCUCCAAAACACUGCUUUUCCUGGGAUGGACUUUUACCCGAUGCCUGGCCUUGGCCCAGUCCAGGUCUUGUCAGAGUGGCCUAUGAAGCCUAUGGGUAGCUGGGUUCCUCCCUUGCCCCCAGAUGAACCUCCUCCUCCACCCCCGAUAGACAUUCCACCGCCCACUCCUCCUGCCCCUCCCCCUCUACCAGAGGACCCCAGCCCUGACACGGACCCCUCCAGACCCCUGGAACAAGAGGAGGAGGAGGAUAUGGAUGAGGAGUUGCUGCUUAGAGAACAACUGCUCCAGUCCCUGGCUGUGAAGAGGAGGAACACAACACCAGAGAGAGGCAACACUGCCUGUAAGUCUUCCAGUAGCUCUCCAGUCCCACCUCCUAGCACAGUGUCAUCAGAGAAGAAGGUUGCUGUCAGAGAGAAAAGGAGGCGUACCCCAACCAUAAUACGACCAUUCCAACUGCCUAUCCAUAAACCUGUGGUGAUAAAGCUGGGGGAAUCUUCUGAUGAGUCUGACAAGGAGUCAUUGACUCCACAGCCAUUGCUCCAAACACCUCCAAAUAUGCUCAGUGGUAUUGACUCCUUCCUCAAACAAGUGCGCAAGUCUGUUGACCAGCAGAAGCAAACCAGUCAGUCUCUCGAAGAGGUCUGCCUACAGCCUGCUGCAGUAAAGGAACACUCGCUUGUACGGGUCUCCCCACAGCCAGCUGCAGGAGAGGAGGUGUCAGAGGAUGCCGUGACGAGUCAGAUGUCUGUUAGACAAAUGGAGGAGGAUCUUGUUAAUCUCAGAAAGGAUACAUUAAAGGAACAGGCUGUACUAAAGAUGUUGAUAGACCAGUCCAGCAAGUACCAGAACAACCAACGACUAGCUGCAGAGCGAUUGAAAAAACUCCAGGAGCAUUUGGCAACCCUUCAGAAAAUUGUUCUGAGUUGUAGUAAACAUGCAGAGAAAGCCAAAGCUCAGGUUAGGGAAGUGAGAAAGCGAGUGAAGAAGAAAGUGAGCAGCUACAGACUGCUAGAAGAGCAAACUCGAGAACGAGGAAUUAGCGUGUUUGGAAAAACCUACAAACUCCCAGUGCAGCUCAUCAACAGAAAGGCUGUCAAACGGAAAACAAACAGCCUGGACACCCACAAAAAUAGCAAGCAGGCUUCAUUAAAGAAAGUGAAGGAAGUUUCUAGCCCAGUGACAAAGAGAUCUGUGCACGAAAUAGCUAAAGAGAAAACCCGACUGCAAGAGCUGGAGCAAGAAUAUGCGAAGAAAAUUAAAGCCUUAAAAGAGAUUCAAAUAAAACAAGAUACAUCGCGCCAAAAUACAGACUCUGAUGAUGCCCGAUAUGAUAAGAGAAUAGUCAUUCCCAGUUUGGACAAAAUUUCAUUAGGAGGUGUAGAGAAUACUGUUUUGUCUGAAGACGGUGAAAAUCCAGUCAAAAGAAGACGGUCCCUACUGGAUCUGAACAUUAGCACUAAGCCAAACAUAGCAGCACAUGAUAAGGAUUCCAAUAAGGAUGAGAAACAGCCCACAGCCAAAAGAAAAGGGGUUGUCUUCAGUUUACCUGAUGGACAGCAACGUCAGAAUCUACAGCAGUUAGAGGGAGAAAAGCUACAGAAGUUGUUGAAAAGUUAUACAGUUCCUCACAAGCCAAGUUUUUGGAAUGGCUGUCUUAGUUGCAUGCCCAUUCCUCCCACGGAAAAGUUGUCAGGUGUUGACUUUGAAGGCAAGUUCAUGUCCCAGAAGCAGUCCAGCAGCGUAGACUCCUCAUCACAUCCUUGCUCUCUACAUUACCAGAGUCCACUCCUUCAUUUCAAGUCUUACAGGCUGAGUCGUUACUACAGAACCAAGGAGUGUCUGCAGCUGUCCUCGCGGACUUAUAGUAACACAGUCAACCCCAACAAACACAUGUGCAGGUUUGAGCUUCAGGGAACUUGUAAUGACCAGAAGUGCAGAUGGCAGCAUGAGGUGGACUACACACUAAACCAGCAUGAUCUGUUGGCUGACCUUACAUCUUACUGCCCUAAGCUGGCUGCCAUUACAGACAAUACAGAUGUAGCUGAUUACAAAACAUUCAUAGACAGGUAUGUUGACAAGGUUGUAAGUCAGCAUGGAGAGCACAUGAGCACAGAUCAGCUGUGUGUUCUGCUGGUCAGUGAAGUGCAGAAAGCUGCAGGCUUAGCUCACCCCUGGAGUGUGCGGACAAACAAGAGAUUGUGGAGGCCAUGUCAGACAGAGGCUGCGAAAGAGAACACGGACUAUGUCACUGCAGAAAACUUGAAGCCUGUUCAUUUAAACACUUCAGAUUUGCCCGGAGGUCAAGGACCGCUGGACAUGGACAAUGUGAUCAAUGAGCAAGACCUACGUUACUUCCUGGAUGGACCGGCUGUGCAGGACAUGGAGUCUGCUGUCCUACAGAACCCAGCCAAUGUUCAGCUGUGGGUCUUGUUGGCGUACAAGAAACUACGUGGCACUGAUGAGGAAAGUGGGGAGAGUGUUCCCAUGGACCUGUGUCUGAACGUACUGGCCAGAGCGCUGGAGGAGAAUAAGAAAAGCUCAGAGCUGUGGUACCAUUACUUGAAAAUCUACCGCCAUCACCCCGACGCUGAGGACAUCGCUGAGCUGUGCGAGACAGCCCUGGCUUGUACUCCCAGUUACCCAAUAUACCGCCAGUACCUCAGUAUAGCAGUGUGCUUCUCAGAAAAAGAGUCGAUAAGCAAGCGGCUGUUGAAGUACUUGGUGACUCCUGACCCGGAUGACUCUGCCCUGGGUGACGCUGAUUCGCGCUCGUUUCGUCUGCUGGAGUCUGUUGUGUACCUGGUUGAUGUGUAUGUUCAGAGUGGCAGGUACAAGACGGGGCUGCUCUAUCUACAGUCCUUGUUUCCAUCGGAAGGGAAGCCGUCCAGUGAAUUGUUCAGUCUGAUGGUGCCCCUGGACAAGUGUAUACUGUGGCUGACCUUAAUCAGCUUGUCUCAGUUCCAUCAGCUCCCAGCCCCCCUCAUCAACCCAUGUAACCAGAAUCCAGGACAAGUCGUCUCCAGGAAAGUCUUCCAGUUGCCAUGGGAAGAUCAUGCUGAUGUUACCAGAAAUGUUGACAACAUUCUAGAGAUACUGUGGAGAGCUGUUGACAGUUGCUGUCCUCAGGAGGGUCUUGCAGGGGAGACUCGUCAGGAGAGCGGCUCAGCUGCGCAGGAGGAUGAGAUACGGAUGGCCUUGUACUCCAACAUUCUGACUGUUCAACAACUGUAUGUUAGUGUGGAGACUGCCCGCUCAACAUGCUCUCGGUGGAAGGGAGAUAACCCUAAUCUGCCUCAACUCUGGACCCUGGCAUCAUCAAUUGAGUUCAAUACUGGAAAUGUUGAUGCUGCUAUUCAGAUUCUGGAAGAAGGCCUAAGAUAUCAGCCUCACUGUGCCAAAUUGUACCAAAGUGCUGCUAAUCUCAGCCUGAGUAAGAAGGACAGUGACCGUGCCCUGGGGCUGUUAGAGCAGUGUGUGAUAGCGCUGUAUGAAGUAGAUAUAGCUGACUCCAAAACCUGCGAUCCUAACCUCUUAUAUUGCCGAACAUUGGGUCAGCCAGUUCCACUGAGCUACAAACCCCCACCUUUUGCUGCUGGUGUUACAGAGGCUUUAGUACGGGAUCAAAUUGGUUCCCUCUGGCUGAACUACUGUCUGUUACUAGAACUACAGGGAGACCCAGGCCAAGCUGUUGAGAGCUAUGAGACAGCCUUAGGGCUCCUCCAGUCUAGGCAACAUCUCACAGACGUGUGGCAAGGGUACCUUCAGUUCCACCAGCGCCAGCUGAGCUCUUUGGGUCUGAAGGAGAAGCAGAAAUCUUUGCUGUCCCUCACUCGCCUUCUACAUCGCUGCCUCAGCUCAAUCCCCGUCAAGAGGCCACUGCCCUGCCCAGGGGACGGUCACUGGAUGGACUACACAGACCAUAACCAGGUUGUGGAAGUCUUCCUGAGAUGUUUCCCAGAGGACCAGAGGUUACUGGUAUACAGGAGACUGGUCCAGCUCAUGCCCACCAAUGUCAACCUCAUCAUCAGGUCUAUAGAGCAGGCCCUUUCUGUGGAGGAUUAUGCAGAAGCCAAGAGUCUGUGCAACUCUGUGCUGUUUGAACAGGCUGCCAACUGUCGGCUGUGGAAACUAGCAAUUGGCGUGACCUUGAAGAUGAAAAAGUACAGGGAGGUGCACAAGUUGUAUAAGAGAGCUGUCCAGAAGUUACCCUUGAUGUUUACACUGUGGAAAGAUUUUUUGCUGUUUGAGGUGACUGAAGGGUCAGAGAGUGGAGCCAAAUGGGUGAUAGAACAGUGCCAGAAGCUGGGUGUCAACAUCAAGGCAUUUGUAGCAACAGUGUCCAAAUUGCCAACUUGACAGCAACCUACUCUCAAACCCCAUUCCUGUGAUCAUAAACACUCAUGCGCACUCAGUCUUCACACUCCCAUCGUCACAUUGCAUUUGUCAUAUCAAACCUAUCCUGUCCAGAAAUUGUCUGGAAUAAAUGUGAAUUCCAAAACUCCACCUCUCUCUCAAUCAUCCAUGAAACUCCACCCCCACCCCUACACCGCCACACCCCUAACAAUCAAAUACAUGUUACAUCCAAGUGGUGCCAAAAACGCUGAACAUGCAAUGUGAAUCUGACAGAAAUUCAUCCAGAAGGACCUGUUGAGACAAAGACAUUGUAGGCAGUGACUGACUGAGUGACUGACUGACUGGCUGGCCAGCCUCUAAGCUAACAGCUGUAAGUAUUUCCUGUGGCUGCUUUUGUUUUUUUCACUAGGCCUUCCCCUAAACCUUCAUAUCAACCUGCUUUUCUCAAACUGUCGGCAGUGUUCACUUUGGUGUGUUGUGCUUGAUGUGGGAUGCUUGGUUGUACAGUUUUCUGUAGUUUUGUACAGUUUUCUGUACAGUAUUCUGUAGUUUUGUAGAGUUUUCUGUAGACUUGCAACUUUUGUCUUGAAAGUUCAACAGUGAUUUAUUAUUCCCCCUGAGAUUCUGUUGACAGCUAAUUGGUCCUGUAGCCAGGUGUCUUUAAGACAUAGCUCUCUUUGGCUGCAUGUCAUUGGACAGGUGUACAGAACUUUGCAAACAAGUGCAGAUUUGAAUCAUGUUGCUGAACUUCAAGUGACAUCAGGUUGAUGUUAAGACAUUUUGUUCAUGAAAAAAUGUGCUGAAAAAUACUACACCCAGAGAGAAAUUUUGCAUAUUAUGAGCUUCAAAUUUACUUCUAGGUUGUAAAGAAACUGUUAGGAAAAAAAUGAAGCUCAAGUGAUAUGGUGCAAGUAUUAGUGUUAUGUUGAGGUAAUUAAAAAGUUAUUCUAUAAUUAUAAUAACUACAUGCCUGAUUUUUUACACUAGAACGUGUUAGGUCCAAAUUCGUUCCACAUUCCAAGGCUAUGAGUUGCAAGUCUGUAUGCAAAAAAAUAACAAAAGCUCCCUAUGUAUUCUUUUGUUUUUCAUUGUGCUCAAGUGUACAAAAAAAAAUUCUUUUUGUUGGUACUGUUCCAUUUGUGAACAGAUGUCCGUCUUGCCUUUUGCUUGAGCUGAACUCAAAUCUGUGGAAUAAGCAGGACAUGUGUAUUGUACAUUCUGUAGUACACUAUAUACGUGUGGCUCUGCAUCUGUGUCCUACCUGAUGGUGAACAAUUCUCAUUGGCUGAGUGACUUGUGACGCUUGUGAGAAGAUUGGUUUUAAGGGUACAUCUGUAUGUGCAUGCAAACUGUAGAUUCAAAAAACAUAGUUAAUGGAAACCUCAGAUACUUGUAUAUAUACAUUUGUGUAAGUGCAUAUACAAGUCCGGUUGUUCAGUUCAGUUGUUAUGGUUGUAGAACUUGAACAUUGAGAAGUUUCUUCCAAAUGAGAACUAUUUGAGAAGAUGUAUGUAGAUAAUUUUGAAGUGUGAUACUACAUGUAGUCAAACAUGUGAUGUCAAGGCAAAGAUGAAGACCCUAUUUGAACUACCUACCAGUAACAGCGAUAUGUCAAGAACAGAUGGAUUGGUGGAUAGCGUGGAAAACGAAGAAUUGUCAUCAUUUGGAUGCAAUCUAUACUUGGGGAAAGUAUAGACAAAAGUGAUUGCCUGGAAGAAGUUGUUCAAGAAGAAUGUUCAGUGAGAAGGAUUUCCAGACAGGCAGCAAUUUUGUGAAGAAUGUUGGCUGGAAGACUGAAGACAGCGGGCCGAAUCGGUUAUCUUUUGCAGAAGGUGUAGCUGAGAAGUUCCGUGAGUAAUGAAGAAGAAAGAAUUUCUUGAGAAACACCACCACCACAACAACAACUGGGUGACAUCACGGACUCAAAUUCUUACUUCUGGGAAGAUUAUUUACAUGCAUGGAUACUGUUCUUAAAAAACACGCUUGUGUUAGUUUUAAGGGAUGUGUUUUACAAAUUUUUUUGUUUAAGUUAUGUUUAUGAUUGUUGGUGUUUUUGAAUUUUUUUUGUCCAAGCAUUACUAUAAGCAGCUGUUGCCUUUGCUAUCAUGCCUGUGAU